AUGGCUGCAACGCCAUUUGCCCUCCCUCCACCGGCCACCACAGCCAGCACACGCGCGCGCGCCGGGCCAGGUCGCGCCAAUUUGCUUCCGUCUCUCUCCUGGCUGGACGCACCCAGGCGAUUUUCUGUUUGGGCGCCCAAAGUCAAAGAGCAUCUCGACACACAAGCAAGCUCGAGCAAGCCCAAUUAUCCACGCACCAUUCGUUUUCUACACCACACCGCGGCCUCCCCUUCAUCUCCUUUGCCGUCUCGUCCCCUCAAACAAUGUUCACGGCUGUCCAAUAAAUACCCCUUCUCACUGCAACAUCCUCUCCCUUCCUUCCCCAGCUCGGCGAUGGCCUGCCGUGCGCCUCAGGCCAUCGUCAUGUCUGGACGACUGCCCCCCUCAACAGUCACGCAUGUCUUGCGUCUCGUCGGCACGUCGUACCUCGACAAUGGUGCCGGACCAUCGCGACGAGCGUUUAAAGUGCUCCCCCGCACUUUACUGGUCCACCCCACCGUUGCGACCUUGCAGGCUUCGCGGCGAUUCGUUUCGUCGGCCCCUGCUCCGCCGCCAGCAGAUUCUGAUGAGACCACUGUGGUGCCCACCCCAGAACGUCGCCCACGGGAUCCAAACCAUCCACGAUUCUCUUCUGAUCCAGAAGUCAGAAGGACAUCGACAGAGCCAGCCUGGGCGCGCUUGCCUGAGGACAAAAGGCAGAGGCUUUUUGGUGACGCACCUCGACCUUCACCAACACAAUUCCGGGAAUGGUUUGACGCCCUCGAGAACCCAGCCAUGAUCCUGCCUGCAGACCGACUGGUUGCCGUCUUGAAAGUGUUCAGCACCACAGAAACGACCCAGGACGACUGGAAGUGGCUGGGCCUGGUGCUUGCUGAGGCCAACCGAAAGGAGAACUGGCAGUGGGCCAAGCUGCCCGGUUCUGAGCAGAUGUUUCGUCUGCUCCGCGGCCUGUCGUUUGCCCACUGCGAGAAGUGGGACGCAGCUGCGACGAACAUGGCCCUUGGUCUCAAAGCGUCUCUCGUUGCCGGUGACCUCAACCAGCAGUUCCGCUGGCUUCGAACUCCCGAGUUGGACGCUCUCGAGGAGUACACUGUCAUGCUUUGGAUGAAGCGGCGAGUGGAAGAUAUUGGACGAGUUGUGCGGUAUGCCGGUCCCCACUGGCACAAGACCCUCCUGUUGAUCCCCGGAACCCGUGACAUCCACCCAAGCGCGCGACGAGCACAGGAGAUCGUCUUCACCGCUCUCAACCAAAUCCGUGACCCUGCCAAGUACAUUACUGUCCAGAUCGAGGACAGAGAACACGCGUCCAAUUCUGUCUACACUCUCGCCAUCAUCCUCCUAACUGGCCUUGUUUCAGAUCGCUUGCGAAGCAGUGACGCCUUUACAUUUUGGAACCACAUCAUCAAGCAUCGGGGGGCAGUCAAAUUCAUCUCGCCUUUCCUAGGCUCAAAGCUUGCCAUCAACCUGUCGUCGGACAAAAAGAACCUGGCAGCCAAGGAGGUUUUCAAGACGCUCUAUGAGACGUUUCCCAAACUUUCGCACUCUGUGCUCAGUCGUCAACUCCAGUUCCAUUCCAUGGACGGCGAUCAGCAACAGGUCCAGGUCGUGUGGGCGAAGAUUACAAAGAGCUUCAAGCCCACAACGAAUGACCGCAUAUGGGUCGCCUCUGUGUUUGCUGCUACAGGCGAUAUCGAUGCCACUCGCAAGGCUCUUCGCAGCCUGUUUGGCGCUGGCUACACGGAGGAUGUGGAUGCCCUGUGCAUUCUCACGCAAGCGUUUAUUGCUGCCAGGGAGGCGGAGCCUGCAUUUGCGGUUAUUAAGAAGAUCAACACCAUUCAGCCCAGGUUGGCUCCACACCACCAGCUCCUGAGACUCUAUGCCGCGCAGGCUGAUGCUGCGAAUGCCAUCAACGUUUUCGACACGAUCAUCCAGGCAGGUCUCUCACCCACCGAGCCGUGCUACAACACCCUUCUUUCCGUGUUUGCCAAUACAGCCGACUACGCGCACGCCCAAGAGGUGUUCAACGCAAUGGUAAGGGCAGGUGUCGAGCCUUCUGCGAAAGCUUGGACUUCGUUGGUCAAUUCCUACAUCGAGGCUGGCGAGUUUGGGGGCGCGGCCGCACUGUCCGACAAGAUUCCCCUGGAGCAUUACCUCGAUGACGGCAUGUCAACAGCCAUCAUGAAGGCGUUUGUCUACGUGUCCGCGCCGCUUCCGCAAGUGGUCCGCAUCUUCCGACAGCUUCGCUAUCCGUCCGCUCAAGCGUGGGCGCUCAUGAUCCAGUCGGCCGCCGACUGUCAGGACAUGGACCUCGCUCGCUCAAUCUUUGAGGAGAUGGACGCCAGAGCAACCGUCGACUGUCUUUCCCCGAAACCCAAUGUCUACGUCUUCUCCAUCCUGCUGCACGCCUACCUUCGCAAACACGACCGUGAAUCGUCCCGUGCCGUUUAUGACGCCAUGAUUGAGCGUGGAAUUGUGCCCACCAGUGUCACAUACGCUAUCAUUACGAACUCGUACGCCAAGAGCAAAGACCCAAACUCGUUCCAGCAAGCGCAUGACUUUGCCACGUCCGUGGUGAGCAACCUCUCUCCUGACGAGAAGACUACUGCGCGCGGCAAGCCAGCCGAGAAUGUCUUUGGUCCCCUCAUUAUCGCUGCAGGCAAGGCCGGAGACCUCUCGCGCGCUAAGAGCUACUACGAGACUGUGAGGGCUUCGGGUGGCACUUCCGUAAUCCUCACCUCGCAACUCAUGAACGCGUACCGUCACGCUCGUCAACCGCACGAGGUCUACCGCCUGUGGCUUCGUCUCUUCAAGGACACUAUGCGUGCCAUCCCGCGCAAGACGCCCAGCGACAAGGCAUUCAAAGUCACCCGUUCGCGUAACAAUGUGUUGUGUGUGCCGCUCUCGAUCAUGAUCCGCACACUUGCCGACACCGGCGAUCACGGACGUCUCAAGAAAGUGUGGCAUGCUGUCCGCACAGCUGGUUUCGGCGUCGACGCUGCAAACUACAACCAUUUUGCGGCGGCAAGUGCCCAAACUGGUGACAUUGAAGGUGCUUUCCACAUUAUCGACCGUGUCAUCAUGCCCCGUUAUGAUGAGGUUCGCGAGCGUGAAUACAGGGACAUGCGCACUGCCAACGGUCUCGCCGGUGUCAACCUCGCGAGGAGCUCCGACGACCCCGAGUUGGUUUAUGGCCCAUUCCGGGAGAUUUCACCCAACACGAUCACACACCGGCUUCCCGAGAUACCAGUCGACCGCGGUAACACGUGGGGUCGUUUCAUUCUUGCUCAACGUCGCCAUGCCAUGAACAUUAUCAGGAGGAACUACUAUGAAAAGUACCCUGCCGAUGAUCCUCAGGUUUUGACAAAUGACGACGUCGCCGACCCCGACUUCCGCCCCAACCGUCGUUACCGUCGUCGAUCACGCAAGGUGCCAGAUUUCGAGCACGAUCCGGACCAGCCAACGGCAGUCAACACUGAAAUCAUGUCCCACUGGCGGCCAACCGAUAUCAUGUGGCGACCCGACGAGCGCACGCUCAAGGUUAUCAACCAGGCGUUCCUCCAGCUCCAGAUCGAGAACCGCCGUAGGGUCACCGAACGCAAGUUGGCGGUGUUUGGUGACUCGGCCAAGUUGUUGCCGCAGUACGGCAACCGACACGCGCCAGAGUACCGCAAGGCUCUCCUCGAAGGUCGCAAGGCCUACCGCGAGGCCGAAGCCGCGGAGCCACCUACGCCUGUUACCUUGCCGUACUUCAACUUCAACCCCACCGUUGUCAACUACGACGGCACCGUCAAGUUGAUUACGCCUCACGCAAUGAUUGCGCGUAUCCGCCGCAAGUAUCCCCGCAUCGUGCAGAUGAUGAUGUGGCACCGCCGCAAGAACAGGCUCCGUACGGGUCGUGUCAGAAUUAGAAAGGCGCUCCGCAAAAGGCGACAGCUUGCCUGGCAGAAGAAGCGCCGCUGGCUUGACUAUCAGCGCAAACGUCGCUGCACGUACAUCGGUUCUGGGGCGGGCGUCGCGCCUCGCCACACCGUCGCUGUCGGUUCUCUCGGCUACCAGCACCAUCGGACGCAUUCCACCGCGCCUCCCGUCGCCAUCGCCUCGGAGACGCCAGAGGAAAUCACUGUCCCCGAGCGCGAGCAUGCGUCGUUUUACAUCUCCAAUGUCCUUCCGAUCCAAGUGAGCUCGCUGGACCCCCGCCCGUCGAUCGCCCGACUUCGCGAGGAGACGUUGCUCGACGACCUCAUAGCCAUCACCAACGAGCUGCGCGGCACGCACGCGUUCCGCGUCGAGUCCUGGGAGGUUGCAAGGAAGGACGGUGGCUUCUUUUGUCAUUUCAGCUACCUUCCCCCCUGUGCUGCCGACCUCCCACGACACGUACACGAUCCGGCAAUCCACACCCCGGAAGAUGUCGCUGUCGAGCCCACUUCGCCCGCGAGCCUGUUCCUCCCACGCCUCAUUGAUGCGGCACACAAGCACGGCGGGUGGCCCCACUGGGCUGGUCAGUGGUGGGCCAACUUUAUCGCUAGGGACAGCACCAACUCGCGCACGACUGACGAGGCGGGCCACCACCUCUACCGCGGCGACACGCCACCGGGCCAGCCGAGACCACCAGAGGACGUUCCUCAGCUGCAGGGCUGGCAGCGCGUUGCUGGUAUCGGCCGCAUCUGGAUAGUGCGCGGUAGGCAGUGGACGGAGGACCUGUACCGUUUCCCAUCGUCACGCCUUCGCGUCGAGUUUGACGGUCCCGACGUCAGCCAGGAAAUGCUCUAUCGACUGUUCAGGCCGUAUGGUCGCCUGCUGGAGAUCAUACCGCCCGCGCCCGUGCCAGCAGGCAACCUGCGUUUUGCCCUGCUCCACUUUUCCCGCAUCACCACUUCGGUGACAGCUAGCAACUGUCUGCACGGGUACAACUCGCCCAUCAAGUCUGCCGACUAUGACUUGAGAAAGUCGGGGGCCGACGGCGAGGAAGGGUCAAAGGUCCCCUCGUCUCGUCUGCGUAUCUACUACGAGCGCCCGCUCAAGGCACACUACAUUCGUGACUGGAUCAGAGACCACCCGCGUAUUUCCCUCCCCGUCCUGGCCUUCCUUAUUGCCACGCUGUCGUACACCUUCUUCGACCCUAUUCGCUCCUUCUUCGUCAGCUCGAACAUCGAGGGUGUGUUCAACAUCGAAGAGUACCCCGUCGUCAAGUUUGUCCGUGAAAACGUCUGGGCGCCACUCAUGAAGUUGGUCGGAAGCAACAGGAGGGUCAACCGUCGCAACGUCGAGCACCUCGGCCGCGCGUCUUGGGAGGACCGUCUCGAGGCCGAAAAGUCGAUCCAGAACUGGCUGUCAGAGUUCCCCAGUACAUUCAUUGUGGUCCUGGGCCCGCCCGGUAGUGGCAAGCACGACCUGGUCGAUCAUGUCAUCAAGCAGGAGAAGAAGCCCGCACUGGUCAUCGACUGUGCCGAGAUGGCGAAGGCCAAGACGGACUCAGCCCUCAUCAGCGCCCUCGCCGACCAGACCGGCUACUGGCCCGUCUUCUCUUUCCUCCAGAGCGUCAACGGUCUCAUUGACCUCGCCUCGGUCGGUCUCAUUGGCCAAAAGGCCGGAUUCUCGACGCCUUGUGACCAGCAAGAGCGCAGCAUGCUGGACAUUGUCAGUGGCGCGCUCAAGGACACGUCGGUGCAUGCACAGAAGGGCCGUGUCGAGAAACAGGAGUGUGCCGAGGACCGGAUCAAUAUGGCUGCCGACCGCGAGCACAAGCGCCACAUGAUCGAGAUGGGCGUUUGGCAUGACGGCCGCCUCGACUGCGUCGCCGGCAACGGUGUCAUGAGCGAGCUGGGUGUUGGUAUCGAGGAGCCUACCAUCUACGACAUGCCCGCAACCCCGGCACCACUCAUGGGUAGCAAUGCCCCGAUUGACGGUGAAGGCGUCCCACCCCAGACUCCUGCUCGCUUUUCCGAGAUCACGGCUGCCAUCCAACAGGCAGCCGAGGAGAAUGUCGACCCCCAGGCCGACGCGAUCGCCACCUUGCCCAUUGUUGUUUUGCGCAACUUCUCUGCCAAGCACGCUCGUGGUGACAUGUGGAACGUACUCGCAGAGUGGGGCGCGUCCCUCAUCGAGAACAAGAUUGCCCACGUCAUCGUUGUUGGCGAGGGCUCGAUCACUACCAAGACCCUCACACAGGCUCUCCCCUCCAAGCCUCUCGACUCGGUCACGCUCGCCGACGCAGACGACUACAACUCGCUCGAGUUUGUGCGUGAAAAGCUCUCGACCAAUGACCAGCCCUACAAGCUCUCGGACGCCGACAAGAUGGACAUUUCCAAGCUUGGCGGUCGUAUGGUCGACCUCGAGCUUCUGGUGUACAAGACGCGCGGCGGCCAGUCCAUCAACGACGCCGUCGACGACAUUGUCGUUCGCAAUGUUAUCGAGAUCCGCAAGGCGGCCUUUGGCGACGACACAGCAGAGGCCAAGGGCUUGCCGUGGACGCGUCCCCAGGCAUGGAAGAUUAUCAACGAGCUGUCCAAGAAGGGCGAGCUGCCCUAUGGCAAGCUUCUGGUCGACUGGCCCUUCAAGGGACAAGAGCCCAGCCUGCGCGCACUGGAGGAGCACGACAUCAUCUCCAUUUCGUACACCGAGGGCCGGCCCUCGACUGUCCGCCCCGGCAAGCCCGUGUUCAGGCAAGCGUUUAACCGUCUAGUCAGCGACCCUCCCUUCCGCGCCAGCAGCCAGAUCGAGUACAACAAUGCGUUUAUCACCAAAAUCGAGACGGACAUUGCCGCCAUUGAGGCGGAACUGGCCCAGCUCCGCAGCAUUACCGCCGAGGGAGACAAGCUGGGUGUCGGCGAGGGCGGCUGGUUUGGCAUGACCAAGGGAUCGGGUAUCCACCAGCGCGCGCAGUACCUGCUCGCCAAGCUUGAGACCCUCAUGACCAAGCUGCGCAAUGCAGACGCCGACAGUGAUGCCCAGAAGCUGGUGUUCUCGGCCCCACGACCCAAGCCGAAGCCGUCUACUGCUUAA